CGCAACUGCUUACAUAUGUAAACUGGUAGCAUACGCGUUUUGCUACAAAAAAGUUUAUGUUCAUAUUCGAAAUGAAUUGCCUGAAGCCGUUUCCGAAUGAUGUACAUUGGGCAGAAGAUUGGAAGCCGGUCGGAAAAAUAUGGGUACAGAUCUGAGAUUAAUGCCGUUGCCCAGAAACUGUGUCAUAACGAACCUUCACCGUCAUCAACUUCGCUCUAACACCACGACCAUGGCUGUAUCCGUUUUGGGCAUGGGGGCCGUUGCUGUAGAAUUCAAUAACACAAAAAGCAAUACGGAAGACCAGCAUUUGCCAACGGAAAACAAAUGUGCCAUUACAUCUGAACGUCUAACAUACUUGAAACGUCUGGUCGAUGAUGCCAUCCGAGAUCAUAGGAUAUUCACAAUCAAAGGGGGGUGGCAGACACUUAGACGUUGUUUCCUGAAACGUAAUUGGGUCGAAAAGUACGAACUUGCUAAAUCGACGAAACCAGGAAACGUUGUUAAUCCCUCGAAUUGUUUGGAUGACCUAUGCAGUAAUUUACCAACAAGACAAUCUUGGGAGAGUCCAUCUGCUCACAUAGCGAAAUGUGAAAGAACUAUCAUGUCGAGAUUGUUGCAAUUUCACGAUGUAGACUUUUAUUGGAAUACCAGGAAAGAUCAACACGAUACGCACUUAAGAAUAAACUGCCAUAAGUUAAUAAAUAGAUUCAGCCGGUCGUUAUUCACGUCGAAAGAAGGUUUAUGUCUGUUGUUGCAGCAGAUGUAUUGGCAUAAUGAACCCGGAAUAGCUCAAGUCAAUUUCCCCCGAUGUUACGUGCUAGGUUUUCCAGAUCAUUACAAUAAUUUUAUUGAAGAUUUUCGCAUAACCGCUUGUACCAGUCUACUUAAGUUUAUAAUACAUAAAUACGAAACUGAAGACAAGUACGUAAUUCAAUCUCCCGAAGGGCAAAUACCUUAUGGCUCUUUCAAGUUUGCCAUUGCGAGACUUAAUGACUACAUAGAUUUUCGUAAGCAUUUGGACAUCGACCGUGAAGCCACGCCCGUGCUCGACGAACAAUGGGACCAAUUUCUCAAACAUUUCAAACUGAUCAUUCACGAAAAUAAUGUAUUUCUCGAAUCGAAGGAGUACAAUCUGGAUGAACUUAUAGCUGCAUCAAAAAGCGUUUUAAAGAAAAUUGAUCCAUUCUGGCCUCAACUAGAUUUAGAUGGAAUGAAGAAUAUUUGGAUAAUGAAACCGGGCAAUAAAUGCAGAGGCCGAGGCAUCCAAUUGAUCAAAGACGUAAAGGAUGUCGCUAAAAUUAUGGACCUGAAGUUGAAAUACGUGGUUCAAAAAUAUAUUGAAAAACCAUUAAUUAUUUAUGAAACUAAAUUCGAUAUUAGGCAAUGGUUUUUAAUUACGAGCGUCCAACCUUUGAUGAUCUGGAUGUACAGGGAGAGUUACUUGCGAUUCAGUUCUCAAAACUUCAGUUUGGAGAAUUUUCACGAAUCACUUCAUUUAACUAAUCACGCCGUGCAAUGUAAAUACAAAAAUAAACAGGAUAGAAACAAAGCACUGCCAGAUGAAAAUAUGUGGGACUGCCAUACAUUCAAAACAUACUUGAAUAGCAUUGGACACGAAAAUAAGUGGGACGCUGUGAUAUUUCCAGGGAUGAAAGAGAGCAUAAUUGGAUCGAUGUUGGCUUGUCAAGAGACCAUGGACAGAAGACCAAAUACUUUCGAAUUAUAUGGAGCGGACUUCAUUUUGGCAGAAGAUUUUAAGCCAUGGUUGUUGGAGAUAAACUCUAGUCCAGAUCUUUCCUCCUCUACCAGUAUCACUGCAAAAAUGUGUCCGCAAUGUUUGGAAGAUAUAGUAAAAGUGGUAAUUGAUAAGCGUAGGGAUCCAAAUUGCGAAACUGGAUUAUUCGAGAUGAUAUACAAACAAAAUCUACCUAGAGCCCCCGCUUAUCUAGGUAUGAGUCUAACAGUUAGAGGAAGAAAGGUAUUCAAAAGGAAAACUAUAAGGAAGGACAGCGAAUCAAAUAAAACGAAAUCGAAUAGAUCCGCAAAGCUAAGUCCACCGGAUAUGGCUUUGACAUUGCCGGAACCUGUAAUGAAAGAAGUGGUGAAAAAGUAUACUGGCCCGGUUAUCGAAGAUUUGAUGGUAGAAUUGAAAAGGCAUGCUGGCCAGGAGAGUGACUGCGAACCCGGUUUCGAAGUUGCCGUUCCGGUGAAAAUUGAACGUAAGAAACCGGCAAAUAAAUCAGACAGUAGGGUACCGAGGUAUCAAACAAUUCCUCCAAUUGAAAUUAAUGAAAGUAAUUCCAUUAGAACAAAGGGAAACGUAAGAGAAAAUUACAAGACAGCACAAACUUUGUCAUCAAAGAUGGUAAGAAAUAAUUGCAGCGUAAGCAGAAGAGAAUUAUCUUUUGAUCCAAAACCUCAUCAAGAUUUUUGGAUAGAUAAUGUGAGUAUACUGAAGGGGAAAAAUAAAUUAAUUUCUCGAGUAAAUGGCGAUUCUCUUUUGGCUCCGUCCACAUUGCGUUCUUUAACUUUUAGCACAGCUAGUAAAAGUGUUUUCCGCUUGAAAUGAUUAGCUUUAUCCGUUAC